AUGCACCUGCUGAGGGCCGUGGUGCUGCUACAGCUGAAGAGCCCCUCAGGAUGGCUCAUUCCUCUUCCCCAGAGGGAUGGGGAGUGGUGGAUGGUGGCAUCCAAGGUUUCUGGCAAUGAAUGUCACAUCCCCAGCAGCUCUGUGGCCAAGAUCAGGCACAGGUGGCUGUAUGAGGGCGUCAGCCAACAGAAGGUGGAGGAGCUGCUGCUCUGUCCAGGCAACCACAGUGGAUCCUUCUGGAGUGCAUCAGGCAGCUGGGCUGAGCAGGACAGGGGCCUGGGACAGCCCAGCCAAGUGCCCUUUGCCCUGCACCUGCCAAGCUGCACUGCCUGGGCCUCAAUGAGUCAUGACCCCGUGGGACAAUGGAUGUUUUACAUCUCACCCCGGCUCACCUGCCCCAGCCUGCACCACCUGGUGCACCACUGGGCAAAGUUCAGUGAGGGGCUCUGCUGCCCCCUCUGUGAGCCCGGCUCCAUGGGAGGGCCAAGGGUUGCCCCAGCCCCCGCAGCACUCAUUGUGGUCAAGAAGCCAUCAUUCCACUGGGACAAGAUUGAGAGCUCCCUCCUGUUCUCAGAGACCACAUCCCCACUGGAGGACUUGCCCAUCAGCUGGGACCCGAGGGAAGCCAUCAGCUCUUACCUGAUCUCAGAGACUGACCCGGAGCCAGACCCCGAAGGAAAGGUGGUGAAGAACAGCUGA